AUGCAGAAAGGCCCCCUCAAAAGCAAAAAUGAGAAAGGAUACAGCCUCAAGACCAAGGCAUCUGUACCCAACUUGAACAAAACGAAGCAGACUAAACUCACUGUGGGAAGCCUGGGAUUAGGCCUGAUCAUCAUCCAGAAUGGGCCCUACCUCCAGAUUAGCCACCUCAUCAAUAAAGGGGCUGCCGCCAGUGAUGGAAUACUCCAGCCAGGUGAUGUUCUGAUUAGUGUUGGACAUGCCAACGUGUUAGGAUAUACACUCCGUGAAUUUUUAAAGCUUUUGCAAGAUAUCAGCAUAGGGACAGUGGUGCAAAUCAAGGUGUACUACGACUUUAUUGACAUACCCCAGGAAUGGCAAGACGUAUAUGACUUGAUCCCUGAGACCAAAUUUCCAAUCCCACACACACCAAAGAAAACGGAGCAGGCAAAAGAUGAGACUUUUGUAGCCAUCGAUGGCCAUGAAGAUGUAGUUUUAGAUAAAAGGCUUAAGUAUUACAGAUACCCUCGGUCAGUGUGGAAUCACCCUGUAAGGACACCGAUAUCAAUCUCCACCGAAUGGCAUGGAUAUAAAAAGAAGGACCAUACUAUCAGUGUUGGGAAAGGUGUUAACUGUGAUGUGGUAAUUCACAAAGACGACAAGAGAGAACUGAGGGCCCCUUCUCCAUACUGGACAAUGGUGGAGCAAGACAAGGCCAUUUCCUCCUCUUCCUCCACUGCUACUUCCUCCAACUCAGAUGCUUUUUGGCUGGAGGACUACGCACAGGUUGAGGAGGGCAAAGGUCAACAGGUAUCAAAGUUUGGUUAGGUACUGGUUUGCAAAUCUGUGGCAAUAGACCUUUUUAUUUUUAAAUAUCCCAUUUUUAUGCCUUACCAUGUGGGUCUGUAGAUUUCCUACAU